AUCAAUCAUGCGUUGUCUAAUCAAGGCCGACUAUAAAUGUUGAGUCCAUGAACAGAAGAGUCACACGACACUUGAGAAAUUAUAACAACAUGUCAGUCCGCGCUACAAGUCUGGUGGUCCUCUUGAUGGGGCUUCUUCUUCCUGCCUCUGCCAUUGUUCCCAAGAACGUAUGUCAUCUUCCUAAAGUCGUAGGACCGUGUUAUGCUGCGAUGCCUCGGUACUACUUCGACUACAAGACUGGUGCCUGCAAGAAGUUCAUAUAUGGAGGUUGCCAUGGAAAUGCGAACAACUUUUACACCCUGCAUGAAUGUCGCGCUGCAUGUGGAGGCUAUGACCUCUGUAGACAACUACCAGAUUCAGGACAUUGCUAUGCCAACUUCCCCCGUUGGUUCUAUGACCAGUUCUCCGGGACGUGCAGACCUUUCACCUACGGAGGCUGUGGGGGCAACUGUAAUAACUUCCUCACAAGACAUGAGUGUCAGUUCCAGUGCUACUAGUGCACAUACUGAACACACGCGUUUCAUGCAUCCAAAUUCAGUGGAAAUAUUAUACUCAAUGAUCUGCAGUAAAUUAAAAAAAUAUCAAUAA